GUUAUUCGUCGUGUCCACUAUGUCCGAUAACACCGCCUCGUCCAUCCUGACUGAACAUGGUGUUGAAGCGCACGAAGUCGAUAGGCGGAACAACUCGUACAAGGGAUCUUUAGCCGUGUUGUAUGACAAGACCUGGACGUCGCAAAACGCGCUUUCAGUAUUUGCCCUCGCAGACAUUGUUCGUGACACACAGGAGGAGGACCGCACAAGUGAAACAAUUCCGGAGAAGGCUUGCGCACUAGGAUGGGGCGUUGAAGGUGAGGUUCCAUAUGUCUUGUUUUUCCUUUUGGAUGCCGUGGAAUUUUUGUGCGGGAUGAGUAUCGUAAAAUGUUGUCCAGGAUCUUCUAUGCCUUUGGCGAAGGCUUUGGCGCGCGAGCUGGCUAUGCACCAGACGAAAGGAUUGAAGACAUAGAAUUAUUUCCUCCACACAAUCCUUUCAUGGGGCUGGACGUUAAAUUAGUCCGGCAGAGGGAUAUAAUCUGCGGACUUAUUAUCACUGGAACACCCGGCAUUGGGAAAACAUUAUUUCUUUUGUAUGUGCUUGCACUACGCCUUCUUGCACGGCAAACGACUGUCCUGCAGUUGAAAAAGAACGAGUUCAUAAUAUUCGAAGCAGCCGGCGUGUUUUCCUGUGAGAAGAUGAAUGCAGGCAUCCGAUUCUUACCAGAACAUACCUGGUUCCUGGUGGAUAGCAAUAGGGAAAUUAUCGAACCGCCUGAUCUGUUCCUUGAAGCUUGUUUUUUAAGCUCACGGAGGCUGAUUGUGGCAGCUUCACCACGAGAACAACGAUUCGCUUUCACGAGCAAAUGCGGUUGGAUUGUGACUAAAUGGAUGUAUCCGUUCGAGUCUUGGGAAUAUAUUGCAGCGCGACAUUUUCAACUUACCGAUAUUCCACCAACGGAACGCCAAUUGCAGCUCUUCUUCCGCGAAUGGGGUCCUAAUGCCCGUGCAGCAUUCGAGUACGCUGGAAGGAUACAAAAGAGAGGUUAUACAGAGCAUCGUGCGUGUGCGUCGGGAAGGCCUGAGCAGUACGAUUAGGAUGAUGAGCAGUGGCUAUUUUUAUACCGAUAACUCUCACAAGACGCUCAUCGCAAAGCCUAGUGGCAAUGCUCGUUCUGAUUUCUAUGUCGAAUUCGCUUCCAAGUCAGUUGCAGAUCUGGUAAUUAAGACGUUCUGGAGGAUGGAGGAACAAAAGGCCCAGGAACUCUACCGAUUCUUCUUGGAAAGUCCCAAAGCCAGAGCAGCUGCUGGUUACCUAUUGGAGGCAAUUGCAAUGAUUAGUUUUCAGAAGGGUGGGGUGUAGCAAAUGCAGUCCAUGAAGAAGAGCAAAAAGCAAGGCCAUGGAUAAUCAACAAAGGCUGCUUGGGUACACAACCCAGCUGCAGCAGAGUACACAUUGCUUAUUAGGUACAAGGGCAGUCCAGUGAGAAUAAUGAGGACUGCAGACUAUUCUCCAGGAGAAGGAAAUUUGCAGAAGUGGCUCGUGUCAACAUCAGUUCUAAGGACGCAAUGACAAUGGAGGGUGUCAUGUACAUUCUAAAGUAUGCCAAUCAUCUUACAUUUGAUGCUUGGA